GCCAGGCUCAAUCUGUCCGCUUGCCUGUCUGCCGGCUGCGUCUCCCGAUCUGCACGAUGGCUCCUCCGAAAGUGAUCGUUUCCACCAAGGCCGCGGUGCAGCCCUUUGCCAUCCUGGCCGCCGCCAGCUACAUCAACAGCACCGUGAAUUCAAAUGCCAUUUCGCUGUCCUAUGACCACACCGAGGGCAAGGAAGCUGUUCUGCUUGCUGACCGCGAGGAAUUUGUCGGCACAAACAAGAUCAUUCGGUUCCUCGGCCGUACUUUCCCCAAGAGCAAGCUCUACGCGAACGACCCUGCCAACGCUGCGCAGGUCGACUUCUGGCUUGAUCUGGUUCAGGACACGCUCUACACCAACGAUUUCAAGCAGCUCGGCCCCAUUUUGGAACGCCUCAACCACCACCUGAAGCUCCGAUCGUUCUUUGUUGGAUACAGCGUCACCCUGGCUGAUAUUGCUGUCUGGGGCGCUUUGCGAGGCAACGUCAUCUUUGCUCGCCAAGUCAAGACCGGCAAAGAUGUGGGCGAGUACCUUGGCCGAUGGUACCAAUUUAUCUCCUCUCUGCCCUGGAUCCAGGAUGGUGUGAACGAUCUCAACAAGUCCAAGGAUGCUGGCAAGACCAAGAAAGCUGAUCAGGGCUCCUUUGACAUUGACCUUCCUGGGGCUGCUCCCGGCAAGGUGGUCACCCGCUUUCCUCCCGAGCCCAGUGGUUAUCUCCACAUUGGCCACGCCAAGGCCGCUCUUCUGAACGAGUAUUUUGCGCGUUUGUACAAUGGCAAGCUGCUGUUGCGCUUCGAUGACACCAACCCCUCCAAGGAAAAGUCUGAGUUCGAGGAGAGCAUCAAGGAGGACUUGUCUCUGCUUGAGAUCACCCCAGACCAAGUCAGCCAUACCUCGGACCACUUCCAAAGAAUGUAUGAACUAGCUAUUGACCUGAUCAAGAGCGGGAAAGCCUACGUCGACGAUACGCCCCAGGAACAGAUGCGCAACGAGAGAAUGAGCGGCACCGAGUCCAAGAACCGGAACAACCCUGUUGAGACCAACCUCCAGCGCUUCGAGGAAAUGCGCCAAGCCACUGAAUACGGACUCCAAUGCUGCCUCCGCGCCAAGAUCGACAUGAAGGCCAAGAACAAGGCACUGUGUGAUCCUGUCAUCUACCGCUGCAACCUGACCCCGCAUCACUACACGGGCACCAAGUGGAAGAUUUACCCGACCUACGACUUUGCCUGCCCGAUUGUCGAUGCCAUUGAGGGUGUUACCCAUGCUCUCCGUACCACCGAGUACCGUGACCGCAAUGCCCAGUACGAAUGGUUCCUGAAGGCCUUGAACCUGCGCAAGGUCCACAUCUGGGAGUUUAGCCGAAUCAACUUUAUCUACACCCUGCUGUCCAAGCGCAAGCUCACUUGGUUCGUCAACAACGGCCUCGUCGCCGGAUGGGACGACCCUCGCUUCCCCACCAUCCGUGGUGUUCGUCGUCGCGGCAUGACCGUGGAAGCUCUUCGCAACUAUAUCCUGAUGCAAGGCGCCUCCCAGAAGGAUAUGCUCUUGGAAUGGGACAAGAUCUGGUCCACCAACAAAAAGGCCAUCGACCCCGUUGCCCCCAGGCAUACGGCCCUCGAUCGCCUGCGAAUCGCCAAAUGCCAGAUCAUCGAUAAACGAUUUGAUCCUCACGCAAAGGAACUGCCCAAGCACAAGAAGAACCCCGAUGUGGGCGUUAAGCAGACAGUUUUCUCGCCCGAGAUUUACCUCGAAUGGGACGAUGCCAAGGAUCUCGAAGUCGGAGAGGAGGUCACUCUCAUGGACUGGGGCAACGCGAUUGUUGAGAAGAUCACCUGGAGUCUGGAUGGAUCCAGCUUCAUUGCCAUGAUUGAUCUCAAGCUCAACCUCGAAGGCGACUUCCGCAAGACCAAGAAGAAGCUCACUUGGCUGGCCCGUCCCCCAUCAGACCCCCGCACUCCCCACGAUGCUGAGACGGCGCCGAUCCGCCUCACCCUGAUUGAGUACACCUACUUGAUCAACAAAAAGAAGCUCGAGGAAGAUGAUGAAGUCACCGACUGCCUGACCCCUGUCUCGAUGUUCACCAAGGCCGCUUGGGGUGAUGGAAACCUUCGCCAUCUCAAGAAGGGUGAUAUCAUCCAGCUUGAGCGCAAGGGCUACUACAUUUGCGACAAGGCGUAUGACGCCGAGAAGCCGUUCUCGUCGGUAGAUCUGAUUCUUAUUCCGGACGGCAAAGCGGCCAGCUUGAGCAUCAAAUCCGAUGAGGCCCCUGCUUCCAAAGAGAAGGCUGCACCCAGCAAGGAUGUCACACCACCCAAGGCCGCAAGCACCAAGGAGGUCGUAACCCCGAAUGCAGGCGCCAAGCCAGUUGUGGCCGAGGCCCCCAAGUCCAAGCCCAUGUACCAUAUCCCUCCGAUUUACGGUACCAACGUUCAGCUGCCCGAGCCUAACUCCCUGCCCAUGUACAUCAUCCCCAACAUCUACGGACCAGCCGAGAUUGCGUCUGUCGAAUCUGCUCCCGCUGCGGUUGUCGAGCCAGUGGAGGCACCAACCAAGAUCAAAGCCUCCUCUAAGGAGGAGACCACCAAGGAGGUCGCCGCUGCGGCGCCUCAGGGCGAAGCCUCCCCAAUCACCAAGCUCGACAUCGUUGUUGGACACAUUAUUGAUGUCAAGAAGCAUCCUGACGCUGACUCCCUGUACGUUGAGCAGAUCGAUGUCGGUGAAGACAAACCCAGAGAGGUUGUUAGCGGCCUGGUCAAGUUCAUGACUGAGGACGAAGUGCGAGGCAAAACUAUCCUGGUGCUCAAGAAUAUGAAACCCGCCAAGAUGCGUGGCAUCACGUCGUAUGCGAUGGUUCUUUGUGCCUCAAAUGAGGACCACAGCAAGGUCGAGUUCCUGGUUCCUCCCGCCGGCAGCAAGCCAGGUGACAAAGUGUACUUUGAAGGAUAUCAAGGCGAGCCUGAAGCACAGCUCAAUCCCAAAAAGAAGGUCUUUGAGACUGUUCAGCCCGACUUCACAACUCGUGACGACCUGGUCGCAACCUGGAACGGCAUUCCCUUCAGGACCGCCAAGGGCGUCGUCAAAGCCAAAUCCCUGAAGGCAGCCCAUAUCAAGUGAGCGGCAUGACGGAUACUCCUUGGGAACCCCGAAUUCGGAUGUCUGACAUCAAUACAUAUCGUGCUCACAUUGUCCCGUUCAAGCGGAGCAAUCAAUAUCUGGA